GUCAAUGAUGCUGCAUCAUUUGUUCACAGUAUAAUGAUACCAUCUCCUGUGCUUUUACCUCAGAUGUUGCACUAUCAUCAACCAUCCGAGCUUCUGGCAUGGACAGUUGACCACCAUGGCCUCAGUGAAGACAUCAAAGUUCUAGCUAUCCUGGAAAUACUUCAUGGCUUGCGGAUGACUGUAAUAGACUUACUUCUGUGCUCUGUCUCGCAAAAACCUGCCAUGAUCAAUUGGAGGAAGGGCUUCUUCCGAAGCUCUGCACUUGCACGAUUUCUUAACGUGCUGGAGUCCGAUGAGCAAGGAGCCAUUCACCUUCAGAAUGUACUGCGACCUCGCGCUAUAGAACUCGUCACCCGUGAGAUCGAUGUGGAGAUGGAGGACACUAAGCUGAUUUUUCAUAUGUCUACAAAGGACAUCACCCCAGAGUACUUGCUCUCUUUCGACAUUGAGCACAGAUUGACUGUCCCAUUGAAAGAGACAACUCCCUGGCUCUGUCAGAUCCUUAUGUCUGCUAUGUGGACAACACAUGCUGUGAAAGAGAAUAAGCAUCAAAAUGUCGAAACAUACUGCACUGUAAUCCAAUCGCAAAUUGCAAACAUUUGCUCGCAAAACAACCUCGCCUUUCAGAUCAUUCACAGACUUUGCUUGUUCAGCAGUGGUACAUCUCGCAAAACCAUUGACUUACUCGCACAUUGCGGUCUUUCGCCUGGGUAUGAUGCAUUGCACAUUUCUCAUACUAUUAUGGCUGAUGGUCAGAUACGAAGGGCACAGCUCAUUGCGAGAGGACCGCAUAUGAUAGGCUGGGACAACAUUCAAGUUUUGACAUCUACUCAUGUUGAACAGCAUGCUUUAGCCCCCCCAAAAGUCCAGUCAGGCACCACGACAAUCAUAUACCCACUGCGUAAUGCAACCUUAGAAGAUCUUCGACUUCGACCCAUACUCAAUAACUGUCUCAAAUGUGACAUGAUCACAUUCUCUGAUGAUGUCCGCCCAAUACGCACACACAUGCAUGAUAUGACGGACCACCUCGUCAUUGACAUCAUCAAAAUCCUGAUCAACAAUCACCCUGGGUUCAAUUACCUUUCGAAUUCACCUGUUCUCAAGCAUCGUUCCUAUCGACCUCCGCCCCUAGGAUACAAAACUCAAGAAUAUGAGUCCACAACUGAUGGAAACGUCAAAGUCGCAAGAAAUGCUUACAUAGAUCAACUCACUUUUGAUAUACACAAUCUUAAUGAUCAAGCAAUUCCAUGUAUCAACGAUCAAUCAACCAAUGCACAAGUUCGGAGUGCCCAGUUACUACGUUCAGAUGAUGUCGGCUCAAUAAAUCGGAUGGAGAACUUCCAGUUAGCCCCAGGGUUGUUUCACGCUCAACUCAAUCUGAUCUGGGCAAUCCUUCAUAUCCAUCGAGGGUUGCUUGAAGAAAUUGGAGGACUGCAGUACUAUAUUUCACUGCUUGGCAGGGUCAGGCUUGGAGCAGAACACCCAGAUUAUCGCACACUCAUCUCUCUUGCUACCCAAGUCCUCAUUGGUCAUAUACUGCUCUACUGGGAGAUUGUCUCUGGAAUGAGCCUCACAGCUCUUGCAGACAGGAAGUCCACGGUGGAGGAAUUAAAGGUUUUCACUACUAAAAUCUACCAUACCUAUGUCUCCACACGUGCAGUCGAGGAUGUCAGUGGACAACCAGACUUGGAGAUUCAGGACAGGGUCCUUCAAAACAUCAUCCUUCUUAACCGCGAUCUUUUAAUCUUCUACAAGUUGGACCUGGCAAUAUCAUCGGGAGAUUUCGGACGUGUUGAGAUCUUCCUCGGGACACUCACUAUGAUGUUUGCUGGUGCCGGGUGCAAAAAUUAUACAACGGAGCUCCUUCAUUUCAUUCAACACUUGAACAAAGUUUGGACUUCCAACUUUGCGAAUGUCGUACAGGACAAUAUUCUCAUCAACACUUCUGGCUGUGAUGGACAUGCUGUCAGAGUGGAUAAAAACUGCGAGCAAAAUAUCAACUUCCAAAAGAAUUGGUUCGCAGCCAAAGGUGUGCAUGGCACCUGGGAUCAGCUCAGUGACUUGGCACCAAACAUUCCUAUCUACCGUCCUCUGAAGCGCCGCUUUGCUGCGUUCAUGGGUAAUGCAUAUGGUGGUACCACGCAUACAAAUCCCAACAGCUCAACAUCAGUCAAGAAAGUAUCAUCGAAAGCAAUGGAACACAAUUUGCACAUCUACAUCCCUGGCCGUAAAACGAAGUGA